AAAAUGAUGGACAUUAUUCUAAGCAGUCUGCAAACGCUCACCAACUUCUUCCAGCAACUAGACCCCGGUUGCUCAUUUCCAUCGAUGGACUUCACCGUGUAUGAUUAUCCGCGCGAAAUCUGGCGCAUCCUGCCGACCUGGGAGGUGGCAUUGAAGACACUCACGUUUCUGCCGGUGAUCAUGUUCGGGCUGCUUGGAAACGCUAUCCUGUGCUACAUCAUUGCGCAGAUGCGAGCGCUGCGGACGCCAACGAAUCUGCUGAUUGCGAAUCUGGCCGUCACCGAUCUGGCUACCGUGCUCGUCUGCCCGCUGAUGUUUAUGUUUCACGACUUUUACCAAAACUACAUUCUAGGGGCGAUCGGGUGCAAGCUGGAGGGCUUUCUCGAAGGAUCGCUGCUCAUCACAUCCGUACUGUGCCUGUGCGCGAUCAGCUACGAUCGUUUGACGGCAAUCGUCUUCCCCAAGCGAUCGCGGCUUUCGAAGCGAGGUGCCUGGGUACUGAUCGCCGCCUCGUGGAUCUGUGGACUGCUGAUUGCCUUGCCGCUCAGCAUGUACCGUGCGUACCGGGAGCGCCAGUGGAAGAACUACCUCGAGACGUACUGUGCCGAAAACACGACCUUCCUGCCGAGCUACUGGCACGUGCUGAUCGGUGUGCUCGUGUGGUUCCCUCUGCUCGUCAUGUUCUGUUGCUACAGUUGCAUUUUCUUGAAGCUCGAUCGCUACGAGCGGCGCGUCCUGCGCAAGGAACAUCCGAUCUCGGUGUCGUACAAACGUAAGGUCGCCAAGACGCUGUUCAUCGUGUUGAUCGUGUUCGUGCUGCUUCGCAUACCGUUCACGACGUUGGUUUUUAUCCGCUACCAGCGCUAUCUCAACGACAAUCAGAAUCAGAUUGGAAGCGAUUUCCUGAUCCUUUGGUACGUCUCCCAUUAUCUGAUGUUUCUGAAUGCGGCCCUCAAUCCGCUCAUCUAUGGUUUGACGAACGAGAACUUCCGCAAAGCGUUCCGCAAGAUUCCCCUCUCGCGACUGCUCUGCAUCCCAGCGCUGGCUCGACCGAGAAAGAACGGGAAACAAUCACCAAACGGUGGUGAAGAGGGACCGAUCGGUGGUGCUAUGGGAAGGCUGCAACCGAGAGCACCGUGCGGUAACGAAAAGUUGGCCAACUUGUCCGGUUGGCUCGUUUGUCCGGCACACGAGCAACCCGACAAUCAACCGACGAGCCCUUCGAAGGGAACGAACAUCUCGCACCUGAAGCUAACGACGGAGGAUGGCGUUUCCGGUUGCCAAAGGAGCGCCAUCACGCCAGAGGGCAAGCUGGCUCACAACGCAAUGGUUGGCUCGGAAGGGUACAUGUAGCAAGCAGAGCGUUUGUUCUUUUACGAUUUAUAUACAUUCUGAUGGUAAUUACUACUGGGUUACUGACAUGAAGUGUUACCAAAUUCACACUGCUGUAUCUUUCACACCGCGCAUAAUAUCGAUGCUAAAAUUGUUUUAGCUAUAGUUUAAUAUAUUGUUUACAAGCUACCAAAAGCAUUUGCGUCUAUGUUUUGUAGAUUCUUUUUUUUAUCGUGAUCUAAUUCAAACAUAAUAGCUGUGAUGGCGUUUAUUUGACUGGAAAAUCACAACCUUCAGCUAUAAUUCGUGAGCUCGGUCACCUUAAAAUGA